AUGGAGGAUGACGGGUUUAAGGUAGUCACGUAUAGAAAAGGCAAGUCAUGGCAGAAGAAAUCUGGAGUAAGACUGGCUCAGAGGAUAGAAGGUUCACUGGAUGACAUCCGAGUAGCUCUUCAAAAAGCUGAUUCACAGAUAAAGAGCAGUGGACUGAGUUCAUGGAUCAUCCCCGAGAUAAAAUCCAUUAUCGGAAAUCGUCGGAUUGGUCAAGUGUACGUAGUUGGGAACGGUCAUUUUGAUGCUUCCUGGGAACCUGGAGCACAUCAGCUGGCUCUCGUUCUGCAGUUAUGUCGUGAAUUUCAGGCUAUGAUGGUAUUUCAGGAUCCAUGUCUCAGUCAAGCGGAACAGAAUUGGCUUUCGAAACAAAAACAAGUAGUUAGUCGUGAUGCUUCAGAUAUGGUUCUAGAAUGUUCGGAAGAUAAUGUUGAUAACGUGCUACUUCUCGUACUUAUUCAUGGUCUCCACGGUCUCCUUAACGACUUUUUGAUAGCUAAUUGGCAUUACCGACUAUAUAAUAUUGUAAUAAUAUUUCUACUUCCAGAUGUACGAUUUGUAAAAAUGAUGAAAGCACUGUUAGAUUUAGGCUUUUUGCGGGGCGCAACACCGGGAGCUCAGGUAGUAGCUAAGCGUUUCUUUCCUGCCAGAGGUACGAAACCUCUUCCUCGAUAUUUAUGGGAUAUGGAAGAUUUGCAGAAAAAAACUGAUGGAAAGUACACACACCAGCCAUUACGUAUAAAUAGACUUGGAGGUCGUCAUCCUGAGACGGGAAGGAAGGUGAAUCAACACAUUGGUGGUGGAGUGAAGUUCGACUAUUUUAUGGUCGACUAUCACAGAAGAGGACCUACAGAAGCGGGCGAAACAUACGAUGAAAGGGUACUUGAAGUCCGCCGUGACCCUAACCGAACUUCGUAUAUAGCCCUCAUUGCUGGUACAGAAGGAAAACGAUGGAUUCUUGCAACUGAAAAUAUGAAAGCAGGAGAUAUUAUUUCCACUAGUUGUCAUAUCCCAGAAAAUCCAGUUAUUGGUGUGGAAGGAAACGCUUAUCCACUUGGUGCUUUGGUGCCCGGAACAUUAGUUAACAGCGUUGAACGGUAUCCAGAAAUUUGCGAGAAUCUGGACAGCGAUGUUUUUGUUGUUAAAGCAGGAACUGCAGCCACGAUUGUACGACAUCAGGGAGAUUUUACUGUGAUUCGGCUACCGCAUAAACACGAAUUCUCUUUACAUCGUACCUGUAUGGCAACUGUCGGUCGAUUAUCACAUACUGACUUUGACAACAAAAUCUAUGGAUCAGCUCAGAUGCAUCGACGUUUUGGAUACAAAAUGGCCAGUGGGCUGUUCCAUAAGAAAGACGGAUACUUUGGACGAAAGAUUCGCCCUCUACCACCCGUACGCGUUCUUGACAAACCGCCGAGAGAGCUUUCACCAAACUACCAGUUUUCUCUUACAAAAGAUCAGCUCAGCGGAUUGUUUGGACACGCAAAGGUCCACAAUUUGCUACCGUCAGGAUACAGUACUAGAGAUUAUGAUUAUUAUAAACCAAAAUAG